AUGGCAGACGUGCUGGACAUCGACAACGCAGAAGAAUUCGAAGUCGACGACGAAGGCGAUCGUAAGUUGAAUCGACAAUUCGCGAGUCGCGAGUCUUUCGAGGUUACGCGCAAAAGCGUCGUCGAUCGGAAGACGUCUCUCGCGAGUCGGCGAAUUCGUCGGAUCGACGUCGCGGACGAAAGACGCGUACGUUUACGCUUCGACGUUUACUUUUUCGUUCUUCAGAGGGUAUCGCACGUUUGAAGGAAAAGGCAAAGAGAAGGAAAGGCAGAGGACACGGCGCGGAAUUGGCGUCGACGCGCGACGACGUCGGUCAUUACGAGUCGAUGAACGUCAUCGAGGAAGACGACGACGAACCGGGUCCUCAGAGAUCCGUGGAAGGAUGGAUCUUGUUCAUAAACUCGGUACACGAAGAGGCUCAAGAGGACGACAUUCAAGAUAAGUUUUCAGAAUUUGGACAGAUAAAGAAUUUACACUUGAACUUGGACAGAAGAACGGGCUUCUUGAAAGGAUACGCUCUGGUGGAGUACGAAACGUUCAAAGAGGCUCAAGCAGCGAAAGACGCUUUGAACGGGACGGAAAUCUUGGGGCAACCAAUCUCGGUCGAUUGGUGUUUCGUCAAGGGGCCAAAGAAGUAAGUACUCGUCCGAAGAUGCGCAAAACGUUUCGAAAAGUCAAUCUCUCUCGUUUCUUUCUCGGUCGUAGGAUCAAGAAGAGGAGCCACAGGAGACGAUGA